AUGUCCUUCACGCUGAGAACGCGCUUCGCAGCCCAUACUCCUCGCAAAUGGCGAGCGUUUGCCACUGUUACCGACACGCCUGCAUUCAAGAUACCACUGAUUGACUUUAGCAGAUACUUGAAGGCCAACUCCAGUUCGGAGAAGCGCAAGGCGGCCGAGGAAAUUGUUAGUGGGUUUAAGGAAGUAGGCUUCAUCUAUUUGGACAAGCAUGGGAUCCCGGACGCGACAGUCAAGAAUGCGUUUGCAAAGAGUGCCGAGUUCUUCAGAUUGCCAGUCGAUACAAAGGACAAGCUGAAGUGGGUAGACCCUCGGUCGAAUCGCGGCUACGUUGCAAUUGGUCGCGAACGCGUCACCCAAUCUUCUGACCCGGAUGAGAUUGCAAAGCUACGUGCGCAGGCCCCUGACUUCAAAGAGAGCAUGGAAAUUGGUCGCGACUGGGACGAGACGUGGAAGAACCAAUGGCCGGAGGAGAGCGACGCGCCCCGAUUCAAGCAGACCAUGCUCGACUUCUACCAGACAUGCCACGACCUACAUGUACAUGUGAUGCGAGCGAUUGCUCUUGGUCUCAAGCUGGAAGAGACUUUCUUCGACAAGAUGAUCGACCAGCAAUGCCACAAUUUGCGUUUGCUCUCGUAUCCACCUGUCCGGGACGACAUUCUCCGGAAGGAAGGACAGGCUCGCGCUGGUGCUCACUCAGAUUAUGGAACUUUGACACUACUUUUCCAAGACUCUGUCGGCGGCCUUGAAGUGCAAAACCCGCAUACCAAGGAAUUUCAACCCGCACCACCGAUCCCCGGCUCAAUAGUCAUCAAUGCUGGCGACCUAUUGGCUCGCUGGAGUAAUGACGUCCUCCGCUCUACCCUGCAUCGAGUGGUUGCCCCGCCUGCUCAGAAAGUCAGCAAUACAGAAGCCAUUACCCCUCAGCGGCAGUCCAUCGCUUUCUUCUGCAACCCUAAUUUUGACGCUGUCAUCUCGUGCUUACCGAACUGCGGCAAGGAGGCGAAGUAUGCUCCUGUCACGACUGAGCAGUACAUAGUGGGUCGACUAUCCGCUACAUAUAUAUGA